ACCUAUAUACCAUAUUACCUAUAUACCAUAUUAACCUAUUUAUAUCGAAAAACCACUAGUUUAGCAGAUAUCUUAACUUUAAUUUAUCAAAUUUAAUGUAUGAAAGACAAGGAAAGACGCGGAGCGGUAUUUUUGUGUUUACGUUGUUCUUGUUUAUGCGUCGUCUUCAAAAGAACUUAUGGCCCACCAUAUUACACCAGCUUAUGGCCCUCUCGAAACCAUUCACUUCUUAUCUGAACUAUUUUUUUAUACAAUUGAUACAUUGUUGUAUGAGUAAUUUGCGUAUAUAAAUUAAAAUAGGUCACUUUGUAUAUACAGAGUGUUAUUGAACUGGUAAUACAAAUUGAAAGGAAAUGAAUCUACAUGAAAAAAUAGUAAUAAAAUUCUUUUAUAAGAAUUACAUUCUUUUUUUCUUCCGAGAAAAAUAAAUUUGAAAAUUUAUUAUGCGUGUGUACCAAGAUAGCUCUUAACUAAACAUAUGCAAACUGUAUUUUCUUGAAAACCAGGUUUGAAACAGAAAAAUUUUGUUUUAAAACGUAUCGUUUACACAUAUUUAGUUCAUAAUUAGUUAAGUUUAAGCAUACUUGACAAAUUUUUUAAUUCAAUUUUCUCGAAAACAGUGUGUUAUAUGACAAAAUUUUAUUCUAUAUAUUUUUGACUUUACUUUUCAUGCAUUUAUGUUCUUUUGGUUUAUACCAUCUGUUCAGUAACACCCUGUAUAUUAGAUUUUCUUAUUGAGGAUUUUAUUUACGUGAUAUAUGUACACAUAUCAUAAAAAUGUUAUUUAUAUAUAUAUAUAUGAUAGAAAUUUUGAGUAAUAUAUAAACUCGCGCACGCGCACAGAUAAAGAUCUUGUUGCAUCGCCAUUCUGUUGUGGUCAAACAAAUUCGACAGUACACCAUCAUCUGUUCAAAUUGUAAUGUGUGUUAGUAAAAUUUUUCAGGAACAGUAAUUUUCAUAAUAGUUAUACUUAAUAACUUAGUGAAUAAUAAUGUGUCGUAAAAAGAAAUAUCAUGGAAUAACAAUUUUUAUAGUUCGCUAUUUUGUUAUCGAACAAUUAAAAAAAGAAAUUAUCUGAUAACAGUGCGAUUGAAAUAUAAUUAUUAUAAUAGAAACUCAUGCUAUUUUGAUAAAUAAUGUGAUAUUAAAUAAGGUAUUCGAAACGUUUUCCAUUCACCCGAAUAAAAUAUACCGGCAUGGUAUUAGUUAAUCGAUCAAAAUAGUAUAUUCGGAAUCUACAGAUUUCAUCUAGCCAUGUGUAGUCACGGCACACUGAUCCGUGUCCCAUGAAUACCUCGUUCAUGAAUAUUACAACAUUACUAACAACGGAGCAAAGUACUGUUAAUUAUAAUGAUUAUACCACUGUACUCGUAAUCCUGCAAAAAAGUAUGGUACAAAAAUCAUCGUAGUCAAAUUAGUCGCGUGAUGAGUUUAAAAGUUGAAAGACUGUAUUUUUUAUUUGUCAUACACAAUUCAUUAUAUCGGAAAAGUGAAUAUCACAAUAAUAUUAUUGCCUCAAAAUAAUAAACGAACGUACUUUUUUUAUUCGUGUUAUAUUAAAGAAGUAUCUAUAAUAGAAUUACUGAGCAAUGAAUUUAUUGCUAAUAUUUAAUAGCAGUGUGCAUUUACAUUAACUACAUAUCUCUAUAAUAUAUUUGAAUCUAUUAUAAAGAAAGAAAGUGAUGAUAUAACACAAGGAAGAUGUUAUAAAGAUAUAACAAUAUAUUUACCAAUUUAUACAAACGUGCCAAAUUUAUAUACAAAAUGUUUGGUUCAACAACUCUAGUAAGCAGGUCAUUCCUGGCAAUUUUGAUAUUAAUGACAUUAUACUUCCUUGGAAUGGAUCUUUUAUUGUAUUCUAGAACACAAAAUUAUGAUAUAAGACCUAUAUCAAAUGGUACACAAUAUGUUUCAAUCAUACCUUGUGAUUUUAAUCCAUUGUGUACAGUGACUAUAAAAGGAUUAAUGCUUGAUCAUCCAAACCAUUUUCUCUUCAGUCCUCUCGCAGCUAUCAUGGAUGAUCUAUUGCAUAUAAGCAGUUCUUGGAUAUGGGUGACACCAAACACAAUCAGUUGUUUCCAUGUAUUAAUAGCAGUGCUGGCUGGUAAAUGUGUUUCCAGUGAUUCGUUGUCUUAUAGACGUUUAGGUGUAAUACUGUUUCAAGCAAGAACAUGGUUAGAUGAUUUGGAUGGACAUGUUGCUAGAAAAAGAGCAAAUAUUAAUGGUGAACGAUCAGACAUUGGCUCAUCUGGUUACGUUAUCGAUGGUAUUUGUGAUGCUUUUGGAUGUGUCGCUUUUAUUAUUGGCUUAUAUCAAUUUCUUGCUCGUAACUCAAGUAGACGUGGAGGUUACGAUAAGCUGCCACAACUUCCUGUAUCUUCAGUUUUGGAACCUGGAAAUGUAACUCUGAAAACUUCAAAUGCAGCACUUCGUAACAUAUUACUUAUAGCCGUCCAUUUGUUCCUCAGCAGCGCCGCCUGGAAUCGAUAUAUAUAUUUAUAUCAAGAUCUUCUUGAGACUGAAUAUAGAACAACACCAAUUAGUAGAGAACACUUUUAUGCUAGACAAACAGCUAUAUUUAGAAGUUUAUCCUUUACAAUAAUAACCCUCUGUUGGAAAUUUUUAAAUUUUCAUGCUGUCAUGGAUUACUUGCUUUUGGCAAUAUUUUUUGAUCGUAUGCGGGAGUAUAUUAGACUUGUAAAGUGGUCUUUAUAUGUUGUUGUAUUAUUACUUGUUUAUGUAACUGAAUUUCAUUAUUUACGGGCCUAUACAUACAUGCAAGAUGUACCAUCAUUGAUUGACGAAGAGAUAUCUUCAUCUGAUGUCUAUACUCAAGGAUGACAGUGUGAAUCUUGGAAAACAUUGUUUUCUACUAUUUGUUACUGGUGAUAUAAUGAUUAAGAUGAUUAUUGUACACUGAAAUUUGCAAACUUAUCUACGAAAGCAAUAUGUUGAUAAAAUAUUUUGUAUUUUCUAUUUUUCUGCAUGUAUUUUAUAUACACAGCAGA